CAUCGGUGGAAAAGAACUAAUCAUUCCUGCAUCAUGUAAAUUCUAUAUCUGGAGAAGAAAAAAAUAUCUACUGUGUUCACAACAAUCUUAAGAAGUCUGGUCAUUUUUGGCUCUUGAACGAAAGGUUGAAACAGUGCAUGUGCAUGACUGCAGCAGAUGGAACAGGACAACAGGCUAAAGAUGAAACAACUACAGGAAAGAGAACUGGCAUGUAGCCACCCUGACCCUACAUAACCCAAUCAUCCUCUUAUCAGUGCCUGUCAAGGACACUCCAUUAUCACAAAAGCACAAAUCCAGGACACUUCAUUUCCCUCCUCUUUUCUCCAACCUUGAGUUACCCUUUUACCCAACUAAGGGAGAUGGGAUUCACCACACUUGACUGCACCUUAUUAAGGGCCAUACAACCAGGCCACGCAUGUAGCCGUUGAAGGAAAUCCAUGGCUAGCAAGGCAAUUGCAGCCCUCUGCCUCCUCCUCUUCUCCAACCUAUGCAGUGCUUCCAUCCCAUGGCCUGUGGAACCAAAGCCCAGCAUCUACCACAAUUUCCCCCGGAAGACGCCUCCGGCAAACCCGUUUUGCCCGCGAGACACCGUCAAGCUCGGCGUCUGCUGGGGUUUGCUUGGAAAAACAGAAAGGUUGGUCAUAGGUCAGCCACUUGGGAGCAAGUGUUGUGCUCUUGUUGAAGGCCUUACUGAUGUUGAAGCUGCUGCUUGCCUCUGCACUAUAAUUAAGGAGAACUUGCUGGGUGUCAAUAUUAAGUGGUCUGUGGCUUUCAGCUUGUUGGUUAGCCCCUGUAAGAAGGAGAUCCCAGAUGGUUUCAAGUGUGUUUAGGGAGUAAUGAUUUGGACCACCAAUCUCUCAGUCCUUACAUUGCUCCUUUUUUAUCAUCUCGACUGUGACUAGAUUGCUUUUCAUAUGCUAAGCUUAAUGUUGUCUCUGUAAUAGUUGUCAUCACUGGUUUUGCCAGCCUAAGGAUUAAAGUCCAAGAAAAUUCACUUGGUUCAGUCGUUAUUUUAUGUUUCAGACAAA